UAAGGCGAUCAAACCAAACAACUGUGCCGAAGAGAUAAACAUGGGAAUCAUUGACUGCACUGGAGGCAAGAUUCUGGCUGGAGUCCAGAAAUACAUGUCCAAGAUAGUUCUACCCUGUUUUAAGUCUCUGGAGAGCUGGGGCACACUAAGCACAGAAAAUGGGAGCAAUGAGGCAGUUGAGGACUUUCUUGAACAUCUUGAAAAGUUCACAAGCAGUUUGGUGUCGGCCAUAGAGAACAUGGAGGGGCAGAUCGUCCUUGCUGAAAAUGGUGUUAGUUCAGCUAUAGACAGCAUGGAGGGUCCAACUGAUUUUCAAGCUGCAGCUGGGAAUACAGAGCUCUUAGACAAACUGGAGGAACUUGUAAACACCUGGUCUAAACAGAUUGAACAGGUCUUGGCAGAGAGUGAACAGAUGAGAAGAGAGGCUGAUGAUAUUGGCCCAACUGCAGAGCUUGCUUACUGGAAGAGACGGAUGGCAAAAUUCAACCAUCUUCUGGAGCAGAUGAAGAGCUCCCGGGUGAAAGCUGUCAUUGGUGUGAUGCAGGUUUCCAAGUCAAAGACUCUCAAGAGGUGGAGAGAACUGGAUGGGCGAAUCACUGAUGCUGCAAAUGAAGCCAAAGACAAUGUGAAAUACCUCUAUACUUUGGACAAAUUCUUUGGACCCCUUGUAAAGUGUACACCUGCCACAAUGAUGGAGCACAUUCCCAGUCUGAUGAAUGCGAUUCGGAUGAUAUACAGCAUCUCUCAGUACUACAACACCUCCGAACGCAUGACCUCCCUCUUUGUGAAGGUCACCAAUCAGAUGAUCACUACCUGCAAAGCUUACAUCAACCAAGGUAUCACCAAGAUUUGGGAACAUCCACAACACAUCCUCGUGCAACGCAUGAACCAGUGCAUCCAGCUGAAUGAAGAAUACCAGAAACAGUUUCAAAAAACAAAGGAGAAACUGAGACAAACCCCCAACGAGAGACAGUUUGAGUUCAGUGAAAACUACAUCUUUGGAAAGUUUGACACAUUCUGCAAGCGUUUGGACAAGAUCUUAGACAUGGUGAACACCAUUGAAGUGUUCUCCACUCUGCCUAACCUCAAAAUUGAAGGAAUUGACACCAUUGUUGUACGUUACAAGACAAUUGUCGACAACUCCCGCAAAAAGAAUUAUGAUAUUCUUGACCACAGGAAAACUGAGUUUGAUCAAGAUUACCUGGAUUUUCGUAACCAGAUUGACAAUUUGCGAUUGGCCAUUCAGCACUUCAUGGAUUCCUGGUUUCAGAGAUCACUGACAACCGAGAAGUCUCUGGAGUUGCUGGAGAAGUUUGAAGGAAUCCGAGGAGCACAGUUGGACCUGAAUGAGAAGUACAUGAAACUGAUAUCCAACUAUGGAAAAGACCUUGAGUCCAUCAGGAAAGUCUACCAGAAGUUCAAGUCUGACCCACCAAUCCCACGGAACUACCCGCCAAUUGCUGGCAAGAUUGCCUGGGCACGACAGCUGUUCAGAAAAAUUGAGGCUCCAAUGAAGUGUUUCAAAAGCAAACCAGAUAUCUUGAAGAAUGCUGAAGCAAAGAAGGUUAUUCGCAAUUACAACAAGAUGGCUGGAGUGCUGCUGGAAUACGAGAUGCUGUAUUAUCGUGGUUGGAUCCGUGCUAUAGAAGCAGCCAGGAGUGGACUUCAGGCAUCACUUCUUGUCAGACACCCUGACACUGGGGAACUCUUUGUCAACUUUGACCCUCAGAUAAUGGAGCUCAUACAGGAGGCAAAAUGUAUGCAGUCUCUGAAACUUGAUAUUCCAGACCCUGCCAAGGAACUGAUUGUCAAGGAAGAGGAAAUCCGAUCACACAAUGUCAAACUACAAGAAAUGUUGAAAGGCUACAAACAAAUAAUCACUGACCUGGCUCCAGUGGUUCUACCUCUGAUGAAGCCAUUCCAGAACCGUGUAGAGGAUGCCAUCAAGCCUGGAAUUACCAUGCUAACAUGGAGCUCACUCAACAUUGAGGACUAUAUGAAGAAGAUCCAUGAAGUGAUCAAAGAACUGGAGAAACUGGUGAAGACUGUGAGUGACAUCCUUGACUGUCGCAUUGAGGCAGUUCUCCAGGAUAUGUCAAUCACCGCUCUGUGUGACUUGCCAGAAGAGGAGGCUGUAUCAUCAGACAAAUUCCUUGAUAUGACAAACGACAUUGUGAAAACUGCAUCAGAAUCACUGGCAAUUCAAAGUGCCUUGGUUGAGCGUUCAGUGAAUGAGCUGGUUGCCACUCUGAUGGAAAAGCUGACACCAGCAGAAUGUGUGAACCUCUCAGUACAGGAGAACUGGGCGUGUACCCAACCUGACCCAAAGAACAAGAAACAGCGAUGUCAGGAGUGUCUGCCCUGCUGCUACUGUAGUUUACUCAACAACUUCACUCAGAGGAACACUGAGGCACUUGUUAAGAGUACACGACUUUCACUGGAUGCCAUCAAACGGCGUCUGCAGGCGUCCAACCGUUACUCUAUUGUUGAUGACCAAAAGGAUGAUGCCAAGCCACCUCUGUUCAAGGUGGACAUUGUGCUGGCCAUACCGAACGUUGUGAUGAAGCCAAGCCUGGAUGAUCUCCAGCACUCUCUGAACAAGGCCGUGCAGAUCAUUCUGAAGGCCUCCCAGGACAUCCCGCAGUGGGAGCACCAGCUGCUGCAGCAGAGGCAACAACAGAAGGAGAUGGAAUUGGCUAUGGCUGCCGAGAAUGAUGAGGCAUCCAAGUUUGUUCCAACAACCCAGGCGAAGCCACUGCACAAGGUUAUAAGUGAACACAAGGACAUAGUGAAGAUUGUUAUCCAGCUGAGCUCGAUCAUCAGCACCUUCAAGGGUGAUGUACAGGAGUCCAUCAACACCUUCACCAAGUACUCCGAGCUUUGGACUGAGGAGCCAGAAACUAAAGUGAAGGACUUUAUGGCCAGCAAGCCAAUCAUGUCUGAAAUUGAAGCACAGAUCAGAUAUUAUCAGCGACUGGAACAGGAUGUAGAAGAAAUUGUCCCAAGUUUCCGUGUUGGCUCUGUGUUGUUUUCAACCGAACCACUCAUCCUGGCUCUGAUCACAGAGACACGCACCUGGAAGCUGGCAUAUGCCAAGGCGCUGAAUGACAAGUGUGCUCGAGAAAUGGAUGAAAUCCUGGAGUUCAUGGACAGCCUCAUGAAGAGGCUCCAGAGACCAAUCAAAGACUUGGAUGAUGUUCGUGCAGCAAUGGCUGCCCUCGAUGAGAUCCGCAACAAUGAAGUUCGGAUUGACAUGACCAUCACACCUAUCGAGGAGACAUAUGUUCUCCUUAACAGAUAUAGCAUCUUCUUCAAUGAUGGCAAUGCUGAGAGAGUAGACACUCUGGCGUAUGGCUGGAAGAAACUGAUUGCUCAGGCCACCAAGGUCCAAGAACACUUGUUCAAGAUCCAGCCAGGCUACAAGGCUGAUCUCCUCAAGAGGGUUGAACAGUUUGUUGGUGAUGCCAACAAUUAUGUUGGUGAUUAUGAUAUACAAGGACCAAUGGAAGAAGGUAUUACACCAAGGGAGGCGUCAGAUCGUCUUAACAUCUACCAGGCUACAUUUGAUGAACUGUGGAGUAAGUACAUUACAUACAGUGGUGGUGAGGAGCUGUUUGGACUUCCGGUUACUGAGUACCCAGAACUGAUGAGAAUCCGCAAGGAACUCAACCUCCUGCAGAAACUCUACCAGCUGUACAAUGCUGUACUCGAGAAUGUCAGUGGCUACAAUGACAUUCUAUGGUCCGAAAUUGACAUUGACAAAAUCAACACAGAACUUCUUGAAUUCCAGAACAGGUGUCGUAAACUACCUAAAGCCCUGAAAGAAUGGAAGGCAUAUGACGAGCUGCGGAAAACCAUUGAUGAUUUCAAUGAAACUUGUCCCCUGCUUGAGAUGAUGUCAAACAAAGCCAUGCAGCCACGUCACUGGGAGCGGAUUGCUCAGAUAACCGGACACACUUUGGACGUGGAAUCGGAGAACUUCCAGCUAAGAGAUCUGAUGCAGGCACCAUUGCUGCAGUACAAAGAAGACAUUGAGGAUAUAUGCAUCUCAGCUGUGAAGGAGAAGGACAUUGAAGCCAAACUGAAGCAAGUAAUUAACGACUGGACUGCACAGGAUUUCCAGUUCACCAACUUCAAAACAAGAGGAGAACUUUUGCUCAAAGGUGACACAACCUCGGAGACUGUGGCACUGAUGGAAGACAGUUUAAUGGUUCUUGGUUCCCUGCUGAGUAACAGAUAUAAUGCGCCCUUCAAGCCAAGCAUUCAGGAGUGGGUUCAGAAGUUAACAGGAACCACAGAGAUAAUUGAAAGCUGGCUCAUUGUGCAGAAUCUCUGGAUCUACCUGGAGGCUGUGUUCGUAGGUGGUGACAUUGCUAAACAGCUGCCACAGGAAGCCAAACGGUUUGCCAACAUUGACAAAUCAUGGCAGAAGAUCAUGGCACGAGCCCACGAGAACACGAAUGUGAUCAUCUGCUGUGUGGGUGAUGACACUCUGAGUCAGCUGCUGCCUCAUCUGCUGGAGCAGCUGGAGAUCUGUCAGAAGUCACUCACUGGCUACCUGGAGAAGAAACGUCUGGUCUUUCCCAGGUUCUUCUUUGUGUCUGACCCGGCUCUCUUGGAAAUUCUCGGUCAGGCCAGUGACUCACACACCAUCCAGGCACAUUUGUUGAGUGUGUUUGACAACACAAAGACUGUCCAGUUUGAUGAGAAAGUUUACGACAAGAUUCUCGGCAUGAUCUCUCAGGAAGGUGAGGAGGUUUCACUCACCGAGCCGGUGAAUGCCCAGGGCAAUGUGGAAGUCUGGCUGGGAGAUCUGUUACGAGUGAGCAGAGGCACUCUGCACUCCAUCAUCCGCACAGCGUCUGUUGCCAUUCUGGAUCCUGGCUUCAACAUUCUAGAGUUUGAAAACACCUUUCCAUCUCAGGUUGGUCUGCUCGGCCUUCAAAUGGUUUGGACUCAUGAUGCUGAAGAUGCCAUUAACAAUGCCCGUGUUGACAAGAAGAUCAUGCAGAACACAAACCAGAAGUUCCUUGAUUUGCUUAACACGUUGAUUGACCAGACUACAAAAGAACUCACCAAGAUUGAGAGAACCAAGUACGAGACACUGAUCACCAUUCAUGUCCAUCAGAAGGAUAUCUUUGACGACUUGGUCCGUUUCCAUGUAAAGUCUCUGAAUGACUUUGAAUGGCUGAAACAGUCAAGAUUCUAUUUCAAGGAAGAUUUGGAUCAGUGCUUGAUUUCGAUCACUGAUGUGGACUUUGUCUACCAGAAUGAGUUUCUGGGGUGUACUGAGAGAUUGGUGAUUACACCACUCACCGACAGAUGUUAUAUCACCCUAGCUCAGGCUCUCGGCAUGUCUCUGGGAGGUGCCCCAGCAGGGCCUGCCGGAACAGGCAAGACUGAGUCUGUGAAGGACAUGGGACGGUGUCUUGGAAAAUACGUUGUGGUCUUCAACUGCUCCGAUCAGAUGGAUUACAGAGGUCUCGGCAGGAUUUACAAAGGACUUGCUCAGUCAGGAUCAUGGGGUUGCUUUGACGAGUUCAAUCGGAUUGAUUUGCCUGUAUUGUCAGUAGCAGCCCAGCAGAUUGCUAUUGUACUGGCUUGCAAAAAGGAGCGUAAGACUCAGUUCAUCUUCACUGAUGGGGAUAUGGUGGACAUGGACCCAGAGUUUGGCAUUUUUUUGACCAUGAACCCUGGAUAUGCUGGUCGACAAGAACUGCCAGAGAACUUGAAGAUCAACUUCCGUACAGUGGCCAUGAUGGUUCCUGACCGUGGCAUCAUUAUCCGUGUGAAACUUGCCUCCUGUGGUUUCCUGCAGAACGUCGCACUGGCAAAGAAGUUCUACACUCUGUACAAACUCUGUGAAGAACAGCUCAGUAAACAGGUUCAUUAUGAUUUCGGUUUGAGGAACAUCUUAUCUGUACUAAGAACCCUUGGUUCUUACAAGAGAUCCAACCCUGAGGACAGUGAACCUACUAUAGUGAUGAGGGUCUUGCGUGACAUGAACUUGUCAAAACUGGUUGAUGAAGAUGAACCACUGUUCAUGUCUCUCAUUGAGGAUCUCUUCCCUGGAAUGACUCUCGAUAAGGCUGGCUACCCAGAAAUGGAGGCUGCGAUAGAGCAUCAGGUUAAUGCUGCUGGUCUAAUCCAACAUUCUCCUUGGAUACUGAAGCUGAUUCAGCUGUUUGAGACGCAGCGUGUCCGUCACGGCAUGAUGGCUCUGGGGCCAACUGGUGCUGGAAAAACCAAGUGUAUUCAGACUCUGAUGAAGGCAAUGACCGAGUGUGGCACUCCACACAAAGAGAUGAGGAUGAACCCCAAGGCCAUAACUGCUCCUCAGAUGUUUGGGCGUCUGGACGUGGCAACCAAUGAUUGGACUGAUGGAAUUUUCUCUACUCUCUGGAGAAGAACUCACAAAACCAAAAAGGGUGAACAUGUGUGGCUGAUUCUAGAUGGCCCUGUAGAUGCCAUCUGGAUUGAGAACUUGAACUCUGUGCUUGAUGACAACAAAACAUUGACUCUGGCCAAUGGAGAUCGUAUUACCAUGGCUCCCAACUGUAAAAUCAUCUUUGAGGUGCACAACAUUGACAAUGCCUCUCCUGCUACUGUGUCCAGGAAUGGCAUGGUUUUCAUGAGCAGUUCAAUUCUUGACUGGGAGCCAAUCCUAAAAGGCUGGCUUCGUGAAUGUCCUCCGAAUCAGACUGAAACUAUCCUGGACAUAUUCACCAAUCUGUUCCCAUCUCUCUUCAUGUAUGUCGAACAGAUGCUGUUUCCAAAGAUGCAGGUUUUGGAAUGCAGCUAUAUCCGCCAGGCCACUGACUUGCUGGAAGGACUCAUCCCCAAGGGAGAAGAGGGUAAAGAUUUGCCCCGAGAGCAGCUUGCUCGACUCAUCAUCUUCGCUGUGAUGUGGUCUCUUGGAGCACUACUGGAACUGCAAGACAGGCUGAAGUUGGAGGAAAAAAUGAUUCAGCUGAAUGCUGACUUAAAUCUACCAUUACCACCGUCUGAUGCAGAUAACACUUUCUAUGAAUUUAUGGUUGGAGAAAAUGGCCAAUGGCAACACUGGUCAGAUCGGGUUCCUGAGUACUCAUACCCAACAGACAGCACACCCGAAUAUCACUCAAUUCUUGUUCCCAAUGUGGACAAUGUUAGAACAGACUUUCUAAUAGACAUCAUAGCCAAACAGGCUAAGGCAGUGCUGUUGAUUGGUGAACAGGGUACUGCAAAAACAGUCAUGGUGCAAGGCUAUUGUGGAAAACAUGACCCAGAAGUCCAUCUCUUCAAAAGUUUCAACUUCUCCAGUGCUUCUACACCUCUACUGUUCCAGAGGACAAUAGAGAGCUAUGUAGACAAGCGGAUGGGCACUACGUAUGGACCUCCAGCUGGACGUAAGAUGACUGUCUUCAUUGAUGACAUCAACAUGCCAAUCAUCAACGAAUGGGGAGAUCAGGUAACCAAUGAGAUCACACGACAGAUGAUGGAAUACAAAGGAUUCUACAACUUGGAGAAGCCUGGUGAGUUUACCAACAUCGUGGACAUUCAAAUCAUUGCUGCCAUGAUCCACCCUGGAGGAGGCCGGAAUGACAUACCUCAGCGUCUCAAGAGGGGUUUCAACAUCUUCAACUGCGCACUGCCGUCAAACAACUCCAUCGACAAGAUCUUCAGAACCAUCGGCUCUGGCCAUUUUGUUUCGGAAAGAGGCUUCCCUGAAGAAGUUUCGGAACUGACAAAAAAUCUUGUUCCUGCAACUAGAAAACUUUGGCAGAAAAUUAAGGUUAAAAUGUUGCCUACUCCAGCCAAGUUUCAUUAUGUGUUCAACUUGAGAGAUCUCAGCAGAAUUUGGCAGGGCAUGCUGAACACAAAUUCUGAAACAAUUGCCAACUCUGGACUGUUGAUGUCACUGUGGAAACAUGAGUGUACUCGUGUUAUUGCUGACAGAUUCACAGAAAAGACUGACAAAGACUGGUUUGAUAAAACCAUUAGACAGGUGGCAGAGGAGGAUUGUGGGUCAGCUGUGUGUGCUGAUAUGCAGGAUGAGCCCUACUUCGUGGAUUUCCUGAGAGAACCACCAGAACCUACAGGUGAGGAAGCAGAUGAUGCUGAUCUUGAUGCUCCUAAGAUCUAUGAACCAAUCCCAUCUUUGGAGUCCCUCUCAACCAGACUGUUGAGCUACCAAGAACAGUACAAUGAAAUGGUUCGGGGAACCAAGAUGGAUCUUGUGUUUUUCAAGGAUGCAAUGACAAACUUGGUGAAAGUGUCUCGCAUCAUCCGGACUCCCAAAGGUCAUGCCUUGCUGGUUGGUGUUGGUGGUUCAGGAAAACAGAGUUUGACUCGAUUGUCAUCCUUCAUCGCUGGCUAUCAGACAUUCCAGAUCACUCUCACCAGAUCCUAUAACGUGCAGAACCUGCUUGAUGAUUUGAAAAUCCUCUACCGUACGGCUGGACAGCAGGGCAAGGGUAUCACCUUCCUCUUCACUGACAAUGAAAUCAAGGAUGAGGGCUUCCUAGAGUACAUGAACAACAUUCUGUCAUCUGGAGAGGUUUCUGGCUUGUUCCCUCGAGAUGAAAUGGAUGAAAUUCUGCAAGAACUGAUUGGUGCCAUGAAAGUUGAUCAACCUAAGCAACCCCCAACAAAUGAAAAUUUGUAUGAGUAUUACAUGAGCAGAGUCCGAGAACACCUCCAUGUUUGUCUCUGCUUUUCACCUGUUGGUGAGAAGUUUCGAAAUCGCUCACUCAAGUUUCCUGGACUGAUAACUGGUUGUACAAUGGACUGGUUCCAGCGUUGGCCCAAAGAUGCACUGGUUGCUGUAUCUAACUACUUUCUGGCUUCCUAUGAUAUUGCCUGCACUCCAGCUGUGAAGCAAGCCGUGGUCAACACUAUGGGACUGUUUCAGGAUUUGGUAGCAGAAAACUGCAUAGAAUAUUUCCAGAGGUUCCGUCGCCAGACUCAUGUGACACCAAAAUCUUACCUUUCUUUCUUGUCUGGAUACAAGUCUAUCUAUUCUGAGAAGCGAGAAGAGAUUGGAUUGUUGUCUACCAGAAUGAACACAGGUCUGAAGAAGUUGAUUGAGGCAUCAGAGUCUGUAAAUGAACUAAGCCUGGAGCUGGUGGUGAAAGAGAAGGAGCUGGCUGUUGCAUCAAAGAAAGCCGAUGUGGUGUUAGCUGAGGUGACAACCAAAGCUCAGGCAGCAGAGAAGGUCAAAGCUCAAGUGCUGAUAGUCAAAGAAAAGGCUCAGCUUAUUGUAGAUUCCAUUUCGGCAGACAAGGCUAAUGCCAUGGAGAAAUUGGAGGCUGCCAGACCUGCCCUAGAGGAGGCCGAACAAGCACUGCAAACCAUCAAACCAGCUCAUAUUGCUACAGUUAAGAAGCUGGCCAAACCACCCCAUUUGAUUAUGCGUAUCAUGGAUGUGACACUGAUCCUGUUCCGUCGGCAUCUGGAUCUUGUCACAAUGGAUCCUGAAAAACCAAUGAUCAAGCCAUCAUGGUCUGAAGCCAUGAAGAUGAUGUCUGGUGGUUUACUGCAGUGUCUUCUAUCAUUCAACAAGGACACAAUCAAUGAAGAGAUGGUGGAACUUAUGCAGCCAUACAUCACAGCAGAGGACUACACCUUUGACACAGCAAAGAAAGUCUGUGGAGAUGUUGCUGGACUUUUGUCAUGGACCCGUGCCAUGGCCUUCUUCUUCACCAUCAACAAGGAAGUCCUGCCAUUAAAGGCUAACCUGGCUAUUCAAGAAGCUAAACUGGAGUUGGCUAACAAAGAUCUUGCCAGUGCUCAAGCCCAGCUGGAUGAAAAACAGAGGGAACUGGAUGUGGUCCAGGCAAUGUUUGAUGCUGCCAUGGCAGAGAAACAGAUGCUCAUGGACGAUGCUGAAGCUUGUCGACGCAAGAUGACCAAUGCUGAGGCACUCAUUAAUGGUCUGUCAGGGGAGAAAAUAAGAUGGACUGAGUCAAGUCGUAGCUUUGAAGCCCAGAUUCAACGAUUGGUCGGAGAUGUCCUUCUGGCCACAGGAUUUUUGUCCUACAGUGGUCCUUUCAACCAGGAGUUCCGAAAUCUGUUAAUUAGAACUUGGAAGAAAGAAAUGGUUCAAUCGAAAAUUCCAUUUAGUGAUGAGCUAAACAUUAUCAACAUGUUGGUGGACAACACCACAAUCGGCGAAUGGAACUUGCAGGGUCUACCAAAUGAUGAACUGUCCACCCAGAAUGGUCUGAUCGUCACCAAAGCUGCACGUUAUCCACUUCUAGUUGACCCACAGGGUCAGGGCAAGGCCUGGAUUAAAAGCAAAGAAAGUAAAAAUGAACUUCAGGUGACAGCUCUGAACCACAAAUAUUUCCGAACUCAUCUUGAAGAUGGGUUGUCAUUGGGAAGGCCACUUCUGAUUGAAGAUGUAGGCGAGGAGCUUGAUCCAGCAUUGGACAAUGUCCUAGAAAAGAAUUUCAUCAAGUCUGGGUCUACUUUCAAGGUGAUCGUUGGUGACAAGGAGGUGGAUGUAAUGAAGGGGUUCCGUCUGUACAUCACCACCAAGCUGGCCAAUCCAGCAUACACUCCAGAAGUCUCUGCACGCACAUCCAUCAUUGACUUCACCGUCACCCAGAAGGGUUUGGAGGACCAGCUCCUGGGUAUUGCAAUCCUCACAGAGAAACAGGAACUGGAAGCUGAACGUACUAACUUAAUGGAGGAAGUUACAAACAACAAGCGUAAGAUGAAGGAGCUUGAAGACAACCUGCUAUUCAGACUGACAUCGACGGAGGGUUCACUUGUGGAAGAUGAGUCUCUGAUAGAGGUGCUUCGCAUCACCAAAGCCACAUCUGAGGAAGUCAGUGAGAAGUUGAACAUUGCAAAGGAAACAGAAAUAAAAAUCAACACUGCACGAGAGGAAUUCAGACCAGUGGCUUCCCGAGGAAGUAUCCUGUACUUUGUGAUUGUGGAAAUGAGUAUGGUAAAUGUUAUGUACCAGACCUCACUGAAACAGUUCCUGGAGCUCUUUGAUCUGUCCAUGUCCCGCUCUCCGAAGUCUCCCAUCACAAGCAAGCGUAUCAACAGCAUCAUCGAGUACCUAACGUUGUCAGUCUUCAAGUACACUGCUCGGGGACUUUACGAGAAUGACAAGUUUCUCUACACAAUCCUGCUCUCUUUAAAGAUUGAGAUGUCAUUUAGCAGAGUGAAACGAGACGAAUUUCACGUGUUUAUUAAAGGUGGUGCUGCUCUCGAUCUGAACAGUGUGGAGCCAAAACCUAAGAAAUGGAUAUCAGAUAUGACCUGGCUGAAUCUGGUGGAGCUCAGCAAGCUACCACAGUUCAUACAGAUUCUUUCACAAGUUGCCAGAAAUGAUAAGGCAUGGAAGGCUUGGUUUGAUGAGGAUGCUCCUGAAGAAGUGACUAUUCCAGAUGGAUACACCACAACACUUGACACGUUCCGCAAGCUGCUGCUCAUCAGGUGCUGGAGUCCAGACAGAACCAUCCCCAUGGCUCGGACGUACAUUGCUGAAACAAUGGGCAUAGCUUUUGCAGAAAGCGUUAUCUUAAAUAUGGAAGUUUUGUGGGGUGAAUCAACCAAGAGAACUCCCAUGAUUUGCUUUCUGUCCAUGGGAUCAGAUCCAACAGAAAACAUAGAAAGAUUGGCCAAACAAAAUGGAAUAAAAUGUGGCUCCAUCUCUAUGGGUCAAGGUCAAGAAAUUCAUGCACGCCGUCUGCUACAGAUCUCCAUGCAGGAAGGUCGUUGGGUUUUGCUGCAGAAUUGCCAUCUCGGUUUGGAUUUCAUGGAUGAAUUGCUUGACAUUGUUUUAUCGACUGAAAACGUAAAUGAUGUCUUCCGUCUGUGGCUGACAACAGAAGAACACAGACUGUUCCCAAUCAACAUGCUCCAGUCAUCAAUCAAAUUCACCAAUGAACCUCCUAUGGGAGUGAAAGCAGGUCUUAAGAGGACAUAUGCUGGUGUCACACAGGAACAACUUGAGUACACUAACCUGGCUGUGUGGAAACCAAUGCUGUAUGGAGUGGCCUUUCUACAUACCACCGUGCAAGAACGUAGAAAGUUUGGCCCUAUUGGCUGGAACAUUCCUUAUGAGUUCAACCAGGCUGACUUUUCAGCAACUGUGCAGUGCAUACAAAACCAUCUUGAUGAUCUGGAUCCCAAACGUGGAGUGAACUUCAUCACAGUGCGCUACAUGGCAGGCGAGGUCCAGUAUGGAGGCAGGGUGACAGAUGACUAUGACAAGCGACUUCUCACUACGUACUGUCGUGUGUGGCUUAGUGAACACAUGUUCCAGGACAAUUUCCAGUUUUAUACAGGAUACAAGAUUCCCAAAUGCAAGAAUAUCGAUGAGUAUCGAGCCUACAUUGAAAACCUACCACUGGCUGACAGUCCCGAAUGCUUUGGUCUUCAUCCCAAUGCUGACAUCACAUACCAGACCAACACAGCUAACAGCAUGUUAAUAAUGAUAGUUAACAUUCAGCCAAAAGAUGCUGGUGGCGGAGGUGGAGAAACACGUGAAAGUGUAGUAUACAAGUUGGCAGAAGACAUGUUGGAGAAACUGCCAGCAGAUUACAUUCCUCAUGAGAUUAAAGAGAGAUUGAGAAAGAUGGGAACGCUGGCGCCUCUGAACAUCUUCUUGCGCCAGGAGAUUGGCCGCAUGCAGAAGGUCAUCACCUCAGUGAGGAGCACUCUCCGGGAUCUGAAACUGGCUAUUGAUGGCACCAUCAUCAUGAGUGAGACUCUCAAGGAUGCCCUAGACAACAUGUAUGAUGCUCGAGUCCCCAACAACUGGAAGAAGAUUUCCUGGGAUUCUGCAACACUUGGAUUCUGGUUCACCGAUUUGCUUGAUCGUAACACUCAGUUUUCAUCAUGGAUAUUUGAUGGUCGUCCUACAACAUUCUGGAUGACUGGCUUCUUCAAUCCACAGGGUUUCUUGACGGCCAUGAGACAGGAGAUCACUCGUGCUCACAAAGGUUGGGCCUUGGACACUGUCAUCCUUGACAAUGAGGUCACCAGAAUGAUGAAAGAAGAUGUCAGUGGACCACCUUCAGAAGGUGUUUAUGUACAUGGUCUCUUCCUUGAUGGAGCUGGCUGGGAUCGCAGGAACUGCCGGCUGAUUGAACCAACACCAAAAGUACUGUAUACGAACAUACCAACUGUGCAUGUGUUCGCCACUAAUCAGGAGAAGUCGACCAAGGUGGCCAACCACUAUGAAUGUCCUGUGUACAAGAAGCCAUGCCGUACAGAUCUUACGUUCAUCUUCCCCCUGAUGCUGAAGACCAACAAGAAUCCUGAUCAUUGGGUCUUACGUGGAGUUGGUCUUCUGUGCGACACCAAAUAGGUCUCAAUACAGCUUUUCACAAGCAAUCUGACUCUUUAUAUUUUGUUUGUAGGUCACGCAGAUCAACAUACAAAUGUUGAACAUUUUACUUUCACAAGGUUUAUUGUGACAUUGUUUCGUGGGAGAUGUUUCCAAGGAAUACCAGAAAGGAUGGGGGAAAUCAAAUUCUUAAUUUUUGCAGUAUAUUUUCUUAAUGUAUGAUCAUGAUUUGUGAUUAACUAGUUUGUAAUUGUUUUGUUAUUCGAUUUGCUUUGAUUUGAAUUAUUGAAGUCUUAUUUUCAUUAUUUGACUAUAUAUACAAAAAUUAAUCAGUAUUAUUAAUUUGUUUGCUCCAGUAAAAAUUACAGUAUGUGUGUACUGUGUAAAUUUACAAAAACCUACUGUUCAUUUUGACAUACUGAGUCUUUUGACUAUAAGAAUUGGCAAUAAGAGAGUUGAUUAUGCUAUAGAACAUACUGGAUGGUAUAGACUAUAAGAUUUGAUAUGUAUUUGUGUUGACAUGUUCCUGUCUGGGUUUUUUGUGCAUUUGAUUACUUACAUUGGCCAGUUUAAAAAAUGUGUUUAUUUAAACUUGACAGCAAUGUUUUGACAGGUCUACAUUAGUUAAAUAAGACCUUCAACAGUUUUAGAAAUUUUUACUGAUCCAAGACUGUAUAAUUUAUUUGGAUUAGUAUUUGUUCUACAUUGAGCAGCUUCCAUUCAAGUGCAGUUCUUAACAAGUGGUGAUCGUAAAUAUAGUACCAGGGUAACUAUGUUUUGUGUUUAUGGGUAACUAAGUGGUAUAUAAUCAAAAAAUAAACAUGAAAUAUAUUUUGUUUCUUUAGCUUUUUUUUUAAAUUGUAAUGUUUACAUUUAUCAGUGACCUGAGUAUUUGAAUUGCAAUAAUCACAUGCUUGUAUAAAGUGUUAUUUUACUCAAGUCUUCACAUAUUUGGAUUAUUUGGGGUUUUGUUUGAUUUUUUUUCUUAUAUAAUUUGUUUUGCAACGAUUAUAAUUCACCAAGUAUUGUAUAUUGCAGUAUAUAUUUCUCGUUUUUAUUUCUUAUAUUUACAAAUAUAUUGUGUAUAUAUUUUUGUGUGUCAGUAUUAAGGUACAGUCCGAGCCAGUUAAUCUUCCAUAUAAAUUUAAAUGAUUUGUGAGUUGUUUGCAAAGUAUAAAUCCUGUUGAAAAUUAAUAAAUUAUAUAAUUUACCAGUUUGGUGUUUGUUGGCAUGCGUGUUUAACCCACUGCUGUUGUUAUUACAUAUAUAUUAUCUUUAUACACUUCGCAACCAAUAAAAUAUUUAAACUGUGGAA